AUGAUUUGGUCCACCAUCGCCGCCGGCGCUCUGUUGACGCAAAGCGUCGCUGCACAGAAUAUGCUCCGUUUUGCAUGUUCGCAACUCACCGUCGAGAGAGCUGAUCCGCUGGUGAAUCCUGGUCAACGACCCUCACCACACACGCAUCAGAUCAUCGGAGGAAAUUCCUUCAACCUUACUGUACGACCUGCCUGCCUCGUCAGCCAGACAUUCACUAACGUGUUGCAGAUGGAGCCCGGCGUCUUUGAUCCUCCAACUCGUUCAACCUGUACAUCCUGCACGUAUAGCGAGGACUUCAGCAACUACUGGACUGCCUCGCUGUACUUCAAAUCCCCCGAGAACGGUACUUUCCAGCGUGUGCCACAAUUCGCCAACGUAGGGCUCCAACAGGAUGGCGGUAUGACGGUAUACUACAUGCCGUACUCUGCCAAGAACAAUAAGAUGACAGCCUUCAAGCCAGGGUUUCGCAUGAUUGCGGGCGAUCCCAUGGCCAAGAAGCCCAACAAGGCAAGCAUCUGCCACAGAUGCUUGCAAAAUGGUGAAGGCUUUGCGCCGUGUGAUGCAAAGGACACUGCGGAGCUGCCCAACAAGUACUGUCCUGGUGGAAUUAGAGCGACUAUCAUCUUCCCUUCUUGCUGGGACGGCAAGAACCUCGAUUCCCCAGAUCACAAGAGCCACGUCGCGUACUCGAACAGCGGUGGUCUGGGUACUCCAAACUGCCCUAGUACGCAUCCCGUGGCCAUCCCACAAGUAAUGUACGAGAUCAUGUGGGAUACCGCACGGUACAAGAACAACGCCUGGUACGGUGCUGGAAAGCAGCCGUUUGUGUACAGCUUUGGUGACGGUACAGGUUACGGCCAACACGGCGACUACCUCUUCGGCUGGAAGGGUGACUCGCUACAGAAGGCCAUGGAUGCUUUGCCCAGCGGCAAAUGUGCCAAUGCUAAUUGUCAAGUGCUCAAGAUCCAGUCUGCACAAGACUCGAUGAAGUGCAAGAAGCCACAGCAGGCGGUUGAGGAUGUUGGUGUGAGUGGCGACUGGCUGACGGAACUUCCUGGGGGUAUGGCGGUUACUUACUGA